AUGUCUCUAUAUAUCCAUAUAUUGUCCUGUGUGUUUGGACUUGGCUCCUGGGUGGCCGUUAAUGGCAUGUGGGUCGAGCUGCCACUGAUUGUCAAUAUCCUCCCAGAAGGAUGGGAUUUACCCUCCUACCUUACAGUCAUCAUCCAGCUGGCUAAUAUUGGGCCUCUUCUUGUUACCCUUGUCCACAAGCUGUGUCCAGGACGACUACCUGAGAAACUGGUGAUUUACCCAGUGCUAACCCUUGGUGUGUUAGCAUGCAUCCUUCUGACAGCCUUCUGGAAUGACACAACCAUUUUUCUUGGCAAACCAAGAAGUACAGCAUUUUUCCUUCUCACAUUCUUUCUGUCCCUGGUAGACUGCACGUCUUCAGUCACCUUUCUGCCAUUUAUGAUGCAACUCCCAAACAAAUAUAUCACUUCUUAUUUUAUUGGUGAAGGAUUAAGUGGAUUUUUGCCAGGACUGGUAGCUUUGGCACAAGGAGUUGGGAUGUCCAAGUGUGUCAAAACGUACCAGACCAACUUCUCAGAACCUGUGCUGGAAAACUUCACUGUGAUCACUGAGUACCUGCCUCCCAACUGUAGCACAGAGGUCUUUUUCUCCAUUCUAGUGCUCAUGAUGAUGGUAAGUCUGGGUGCUUUCAUUUUGCUUAACCGAGUUCCUCGGACCUUCAAACUAUCCACCAAAUAUCUGGUAUCUGAAUCGGACACUGUGGUGUCAGUUAGUGAAGCUCUGGAAAACCAAGCAACAAGUAAUCCCAGGAAAAAAAGCCAGGAACGUGAUAAAGAAAACCAACCCCUACCACUAAAAGAAAAGGCAUACUUUUCUGGUUAUGAACUCGUUUUCAUUUACAGCAUGGUUCUUUGGGUAAAUUGCACAACCAAUGGGCUGCUGACAUCAGUACAGACGUUCUCUUGCAUGCCCUAUGGAAAUUUGGCCUAUCACCUCUCAGCUUCCCUGUCAACACUUGCUAACCCAGUGGCCUGCAUUAUUGCCAUGUUCUUUCCAAAACGCUCACUGGUGUUGCUAGGUGUCCUUUGUUUGCUGGGUACUGGUUUUGGUGGGUACAACAUGACAAUGGCUGCCAUGAGUCCCUGCCCGUUACUGCAAGACUCAAUACUAGGAGAAACUCUAAUUGUGCUCUCAUGGGUUUUCUUCACCGGCUUGAUGUCCUACGUGAAGGUGAUGGUUGGGGUUAUUCUAAGGGAUCAGAGCCAUAUUGCCCUGGUGUGGUGUGGAGCUGCAGUGCAGGCUGGAUCUUUGGUGGGAUCCCUCGUUAUGUUUCCCCUGGUUAGCAUCCAUCAUCUUUUCAAGUCAGGAGAUAUCUGCAACAUCCAGUGUCCAUUAUGA